UGUACUGGUGGUGGUGAGAGGUGUACGGGGGUGCUAGCUAGCAGCAGCGACUCGUGCUGGUGUACUGGUGGUGGUGAGAGGUGUACGGGGGUGCUAGCAGCAGCGACGUGCUGGUGUACUGGUGGUGGUGAGAGGUGUACGGGUGUGCUAGCAGCAGCGACGUGCUGGUGUACUGGUGGUGGUGAGAGGUGUACGGGUGUGCUGGCAGCAGCGACGUGCUGGUGUACUGGUGGUGGUGAGAGGUGUACGGGUGUGCUAGCAGCAGCGACGUGCUGGUGUACUGGUGGUGGUGAGAGGUGUACGGGGGUGCUAGCAGCAGCGACGUGC